AUUGUUUGCAGAGGCUAUUCACAACAACAAUAAAAGAUUAUAAAAUCAAACGCGGAAGUGCGCAGAUCGACGCUAAACUCGUCGUAGUGGGAUUUCCCUAUGCGUCGAUUGAUAUAAAUAUAGGGUUCCAGGAAGUUGGUAGCAAAUUGUUUUGUUUAUUUCUUUCCAUCAUCAUGAAGUCGUCUUUCGUUCUCGGAUUUAUGUUUAUCUUUUCAUCGGGGGCUGAAGCAACCAGCGCUCCACCCCCGCGAGGUGAGUGGACUAUUCGGGAUGGAGACGGGCAAGUGUGCAUGAGGAUGUCCCUAUCUGCGCAGAUACAAGUCCUUCACGAGAGCGGGAAUCGUCAUAAGACGUACGAUAUUCUCCCAUCGUAUCAAGCUAGUGGUAUCUGCACCACGCCAUUCCGCCAAUUCACUCUGGCGCCUCCGAAUUCUACAAAGACUCGUGUACCGCAGCUACAACUGAGUUUUUUCUCCCGUAGUUUUGUUGACUAUAGCAUGACCCAUGUCAUGGCGAUCUGGUACGACCCGACCGAUGAAGAUAUGGAGGGAGACUUCACACAGGGGGAUAAUCUCCUUCAUAAUGCAGUGAUUUAUAGACACGCCUACCAAUGCGACGAUGACCUGGAGUUUGACUUGAAGGGAGGGUACGGCAGAGUGUUCCUGUGGAGUAGUCGACUGGACCCCUUCGCUGAAGACUCCGAUGGACAAGUUCAGGUGUGUUCUACUAGUAAGAUGACGGUAAUUAUCACUGUCGCAUCAGUCAUCGGCGGGGCUCUGUUUGUUGCUGUCCUAGCUUACGUGGUGUACAGGCGUUACACACGCAGGAGGCCUCGCGCUGGGGACGACGAGAACGACGGCGAAAAAACUCUCCUCCUAAGCAACCCUCCGGCGUAGGUGGCGGGUUAACUUUGUGAACGUUGGUGCUUUUGAAAUAAUUUGUACCCCAUCGUUCAAAAUGUGUUAACAGCUUUAGUCCCUUAUUAAAUAAUUCAUUAAACACGGAAUGAAAAAGAAACUUCUAUCUCAUUGUCAUUGUAUUAAAAGGAGGCGGAACGCGAACGCUUUUAAUAUGAUAUCAUUGUUGAUAUUAACAUUUCAUCCGACAGCAUUUUAAUCAAGAUAAUCUAUGCAAAAAUGCACGUGUUUUCAAGGAUUCAAUUGUUUUCCAUUGACUGCGUGUAUGGAAACAUGUUCUCAUUAGUACUGGCAAAGCCUGCAAGAUUGUGCCCAUAAAUGUAAAACACAUUGUUUCAAAUGUGUGUGAUUUGUUAAAAAGUCGUGUAAAGAUUCUUCUAUUUAAACAGUACUUUAAUGCAGUGAAUUUGUAUAUUUUUUGGUUUUUUGUAUUGUAUUGUCUGGCCGGCUGGCCAAGACCUUUUAUUUAUCAUGUUUUAUUUCAUGAGUACUCGAUUCAGGGGCGGAUCCA